CUCUAUAGAGUCGCAAGAGAGGAUUGCAGGAUCCAUAAAACAGCAUCGAACUCUAUGAAAGUCUCCUUAGUUACAGAGACAUAGCUAUCCGAUAUUACAUUUCCGUUUCUUAUAAAUGUGAAAUGGAUUCAUUGAAGACAACAGUGAAUGGAUUUGUACGAGGUCUCAGCGACAGCAUAAAAGGCUUUGUGCUCAUCUUCCACUAUGAUGCUGAGGUCCCAGAGAAGCCCCGCAGUUCGCCAACACAGGAGACCAACCUGGCCAAGCGACGCGCAGCACAGCAGGCUGAGAAAAAGCAGAGACAAGCCUCACAAAAGGACGAGACCAAGGUGACUCAUCGCAUCGUGCAGUGUUGUGUCCUCAAUGGCGUGGUGUUUGGCCUGAGCCUUGUCAUCUUCAACUACCUCCUACUGCCCAUGUUAAAGCAGGUGCUGAGCUUGUUCCUAGCAGACGGGGCUGGGGCGGUGUGGCACUAUGCUCGGCCCACGCUCACCGCCGUCUUCGACAUGCUGUGGGUCCUGCCCCUCUUCGUUCUCUCGAGGAUCAUCAACACCAUUUGGUUCCAGGAUAUUGCUGACAGUGCAUACCGUCAACGACAGGGUAGACCACAGCUCAUCAGUAGCUUGAGCAAGCUGGUGGCUGAUGUUCUUAUUUCCAUCUUCAUCCAGCUCCUCUUCUUAAUGCAGGCCAACCUGCUGAUGCUGCUGCCGAUCAUGGGCAUCAACGUGGUGGUGGGGGGUGUGCACAUGUGCCUCCUCAAUGCUCUCUAUGCCUUCGAGUACAGGUGGUUCAACAUGGGCUGGGAGCUCUACAAGAGACUAAGCUUUGUGGAGGAGAACUGGCCCUAUUUCAUGGGUUUCGGCCUCCCGUUGGCAUUCAUCACCAUGUACUCCUCUUCUGUGUAUGUGAGUGGAUGCUUGUUUGCUCUGCUCUUCCCUGUGUUUAUCAUCAGCGCCAAUGAAGCAGAUCCUGUUCUGUAUCCCAAGUAAGUUUGUGCCUUCUGUU